GGAGGCGGUAUUCGUACCAGUGUAUGUUGGUGUUUGCGGAUAGGGGGGGAAACAUUGAAAACUACAACUCCCAUGCUGCAACAGCUUCCAGCCGCCUCUCGCCGACGUCACUUCCCCCGUCGGCACCGGAAGUGAAGUUGAGUUAGUGAGCGGCGGUGACACAGGAAAAUCAGCGAUAAUGGAGGAGAUCGGGAUUGUCAUAGAGAAGGGGAGCGGGCAGGAAGAAGCUCCUUCCCUGGCCUCAUCCCGCCCAAUCACAGCCCUCUCCUUCCUUGGGCCGGAGCCUGAAGACCUGGAGGAUUUAUACAGUCGCUAUAAGAAGCUGCAGCAGGAGCUGGAAUUCCUGGAGGUGCAGGAGGAAUACAUUAAGGAUGAACAGAAAAACCUGAAGAAGGAAUUCCUCCAUGCCCAGGAGGAGGUGAAACGUAUACAGAGCAUCCCCUUGGUCAUUGGGCAGUUCUUGGAAGCUGUAGAUCAGAACACCGCCAUUGUGGGAUCAACCACAGGCUCUAAUUACUAUGUCCGGAUCCUGAGCACCAUUGACAGGGAGUUGCUGAAGCCCAAUGCCUCUGUGGCUCUGCACAAACACAGCAAUGCUUUAGUGGACGUCCUACCCCCAGAGGCAGACAGCAGCAUCAUGAUGCUCACCUCAGACCAGAAGCCAGAUGUGCUGUACUCCGAUAUUGGGGGGAUGGACAUCCAGAAACAGGAAGUGAGGGAGGCAGUGGAACUGCCACUAACGCACUUUGAGCUCUAUAAACAGAUAGGGAUUGACCCACCCAGAGGGGUUUUGAUGUACGGCCCCCCAGGAUGUGGGAAGACUAUGCUGGCCAAGGCUGUGGCUCAUCACACUACAGCUGCCUUUAUCCGUGUGGUGGGCUCCGAGUUCGUUCAGAAGUACCUGGGAGAGGGCCCUCGCAUGGUGCGGGAUGUUUUCCGGCUGGCCAAAGAGAAUGCCCCCGCCAUUAUAUUUAUUGAUGAGAUCGAUGCCAUCGCCACAAAGCGCUUUGAUGCCCAGACAGGAGCCGACCGCGAGGUGCAGCGAAUUCUGCUGGAGCUCCUUAACCAGAUGGACGGAUUUGACCAGAACGUGAAUGUAAAGGUAAUCAUGGCCACCAACCGGGCAGACACACUAGAUCCGGCACUGCUGCGCCCCGGGCGUCUCGACAGGAAAAUAGAAUUCCCCUUACCCGACCGCCGACAGAAACGUCUCAUAUUCUCCACCAUCACCAGCAAAAUGAACCUGUCGGAGGAGGUGGAUCUGGAGGACUAUGUUGCUCGUCCUGAUAAGAUUUCCGGAGCGGAUAUUAACUCCAUCUGCCAAGAGGGUGGAAUGCUGGCGGUGCGGGAGAACCGAUACAUAGUGUUAGCCAAGGACUUUGAGAAAGCCUAUAAGACGGUCAUCAAGAAGGAUGAACAGGAGCACGAGUUCUACAAAUAAAUGUUCCUCCCUGUCCCCCUCCGACGCCCGCGGGUUAUAUUGCAGUCUCCCUACAUUGUGACAAGGUCUUUCAAUAAAAUCUCUUUGUUCAGCUCUU